AAUAAAAAAAAUUACAGAAAUAAAAAAACAAAAACAAAAAAUAAGAAAUUAAAAUAUAUAUGCUAGUAGUAGUAGAAGCCUAACAACAGAAGCGAUAACAACGUGACAGGCGCGCUGCUAAACAAAAGACUUAGGCAACGAACUUGCUGCCGUUUCAUUACUCGCCUGCAUUAUGUGGUUUAGUAUUGAGUGUUGAGAGAGUUGCGCCAGAUAACGGUGCUUCGAGUGAUAGCAGCAAAACGAACAACAGCAACAGCAACAGCACCAACAAUAAUAAUAGCAACAACAAUAACAACAACAACAGCAAUGUCGGCAGCAACAAAAUGCAACAAGUAACAAACUAAUUGACAAGUCAAAUCCUGCCUGCCACAAACACAAACAGCUGGCAACAAGCGACCAGCUAGCAAGCAAAAACAACAACAACAACGACAACAAAAACAAUCGCCGGACAGCAGCUCGUCGGCUGGCUGAGUUGUGUGGCUUCAGCUUUAAUCAAAUCGCAGCGCCCCAAACGACAAUUGCAAAGUGUGCCUCUUAAUGUUUCCAAAUGCAUUUUACUGCCGCACACAAAAACACCAACAACUGCAACAACAACUACAGCAACGACGACAGCAACAAUAACAACAGAAAAGAAAAGAAACCAAAUAAAUUUACAUAAAUAUUUCACGUGCUGCUUUUUGCAACUGUUGCACUGACGUCGCGACGCGACGGUCACAUCCGUGUUUCAAAGAUUGAGAUUUGCCAAGCUGGAUAGUUGCAAGUGUUUGACUGUGUGUGUGCGUGCGUGUGUGUGCGCGUGUGUGUUCGUGCCCAUGUGUGCGUAUAUUCCUCCAAGAAUCUCAAUCAGCUAAAUGCCAGUGCCAGACAAAUCCAAAUAAUAGUUCCAAUCAAAAUAAUAAAAAACAAAACUAAAAAAUAAAACAGAGAGCCUCGAGUGCGUGUGCGAGAGCGAGAGCGCUAAUUGCUGUUCAUUCGAAUCGAGCUGGGUUGGCAUCCGAAGCAAUAUGUCAAAGCUGCCUCAGCAACAACACAGAACCGAACAGCUAUAAAAUCUUGAAAGAGACAAACGCAAAAAAUUCAGCAACAUUUAUUCUCCUGGGCCAGCAUUGAACAGAGUUUUGCGCACUGGAAAUACACGCACAACAAAUGAUUGGCACCGAGGAUAUGUCCACAUCGACUGGCAUGGAUAUCAGUGAAUCCUUUCGGGCCGAGGAUCUCUCAAAGACGGAUUUCUUCGAUUUUGUCACGGCGCCGGACAUGGGCAUUGGCAUUGGUGUUGGCGUCGAUGUGGGCGUCGGUGUCGGCGUCAGCCUGCAGCAGCAACCACAGCACCAUCAGCAGCAGCAACACCAGCAGCAGCAGCACAAUCACAGCCAUAGCCAAGGUCAUCAGCCAACGACAUCACAAACGCCGCAACCGAACCACCACGCCGCCCGAACCACCAGCAGCAUGACCCACGACAUUGGCGAGGGCGGCGGCGGUGGUGCUGGCAUUGUCCCGGUGAGCAAUCGCAAUGGCAACAGCAGCAAUGGCGGCGAUCCCACGUUACAAGGCUACGAGUUUUGGCAUCAGGACAAGGACAGCAGCCGCCUGGACUCGAGCUCGAUUUUCGAGGACCUCGAUCGCUACUGCUGGCAGCAGCAGCCGAUCACAGCCAGCGCCACGACUACUGUCAAUGCCAGCAACGUGCGCUGCAGCAACCAGCCAAGCCCCACGUCUCCGCAAUCGCAUCCACACUCACACCCACAUCCCCAUCAGCAGCAGCAGCAGCAGCAGCAGCAGCUUCAGCAGCACCAACAGCAACAGCAACACCAACAGCAGCAGCAGCCAAACGCCAGCAGCUCGUCGAGCGCUGCCGGCAGCAGCAGCGACACCAUCAGCAGCCUGGACACAACGGACGGUCAGAUCUACACAUUGACAGUAUUAAAUGGCGGCGAGCCUUGGCUGAAGCGUGCCGAGGCGGAGCAGCUGCCCAGCGCGCUAGACUUGGACAGCUUGCUGGGCAGCUUUCCGGGCUACAUCAAGUCGGAGUACCCGUACGACGACAGCGGAUUCAGCACGGAUGGCAAGGAUGUGAUUGUCAAUGGAGCGGAUGCCAAUGGCCUCAGCAGUAUUUCGCAGUCGCAGUCGCAUGGCCAGACGCUGCCCUCGCUGGUCACGGCCAUUUCCAUAGCGGGCGGCGGUGUCAAUGAGCUGGGCCAGCAGUUGGCUCAGUUCCAGAACAACAACAACGACUGGCACAUGGCUGAUCACAAUGCGGAGGCGGAGCAGAAUACGGCGGAGUCCCUGUUGCGCAGCGCACUGCAGGGCAAGGGCUACGCCAAGGGUCUCCACAUGCAAAAUGGACUGGCUCUGCCCGUGGUCAAGGACGAAGAGAUGCGCAGGCUACUCUUCACGCCGGACGAUGCCGCCGAUGCGCUGGGCUUUGCGGACUCCACGCUCAGCACUGCCCAAAUGUUCGACGAUGCCCAGGCCAUGACCCACGGUGGACCAAGCGCGCACAUGGCUGGCUCGAAUCACGGCCAGCACGGCGGCAACGCCAGCAUCAUUGUCGACGACAUGUUCCUCUCGCUGGAGAAUGCGUUCAGCGACGACUUCGAGAAGAUCAAGCGCAUUGCCAAUGAGGUGCAGCAGUUCUGCAGCGCCAGCACGGGCACACCCACUCCAGGUGACUACGCCAGCGGCGACGUGCUCAUGCAGCUGUCGCCGAACGGCACAGCGACAAACGCAGCACAGCAACUGCAGCCGCUGGCCAAUGCACAGCAGCAGCAGCAACAGCAGCAGCAACAACAGCAGCAACAGCAACAGCCACCGCCCCCGCAGCCACUGAAGCCCGAGGUGUCCACGUCGACAGCAGCCGCUGCUGUGGGCACAACUGCGCAUGGAGGUCGCCUGGGCGGCAUCAGCAAACCCAAGAAGCAGUACAAGCGCAGCAACAGCAGCGCCAACAACAACAACAAUCCUAAUGUGGCCAACAACAACAACAGCAGCAACGCCAACAACAACAACAGCAGCAGCAACAGUGUACUGGGCGUGGUCAUAGGCAACGGCGGCAGCUCCUCCUCGAGCGGCAGCGCGAGCAGCAGCAGCAACAGUCCGCCCGCCAACUGCAACACCAACUCGGGAGGCAGCAGCACCGGCGGCGGCGGCAGCCAGCGGAAGGAGCGUUCGCUGCACUACUGCUCCAUCUGCUCGAAGGGCUUCAAGGACAAGUACUCGGUGAAUGUGCACAUACGCACGCACACGGGCGAGAAGCCAUUCGCGUGCUCGCUGUGCGGCAAGAGCUUCCGGCAGAAGGCACAUCUGGCCAAGCACUACCAGACCCACAUGACCCAGAAGAACAAUGGCAGCCUGAUCAAAGGCAGCUCCGGCAAGCACCAGCGCGCGGGCUCCAGCAACGCGGGCGCAGCUAACAGCCUAGCCCAGCAACGGCAGCUGAGCGCCGUGGCCACCGCGGUGGCCAGCCCCAGUUUAAUGAGCGCCGGCGUCGUGCUGAGCGGACCAAAUACGCCGCCCGGCGUCUUACCGCCAGCUAAUGGUCUGCUCGCAAACAGGUAGUAGAGCCGACCUUGGCUAUAUACAUAUAUAUAAUUAUAUACACAUAGGCUAUGUUCCACAAAAAGCAAAUGAAAAAAACACAAACAGCAAACUAUUUCUUGUUCCUUACUAACAACAAAACGAAUUAUAUAAAAAUAUAUUAAACUAAGCUAACUUUUUGAAUACUCUUGGGAAAGUGUUGAAUGUCAUUGAUGAAUUCCUAUCUCAGCUUUCUGUGCAAUUCCUAUAUCACAAAUACAUCAAGACACACUAAAUGCACUUCCAAAUCAAAUACUCUCACACACACAUACACACUCGUACAUACACACACAAAUUAAUUUUAAAUGUGCCAAAUUUAAUGGAAGAGCUAAGAAGUUUAAAGCAAUUUCUUAAUAUUAAUUAAAUAAUUAAAAGUGAAAACGAAGCUAAAAAGCAAAUUUACGCGAGGUGAUAUCUAAAUGAGGCCAAACGCUUCCUUAAAAAAAUUAAAUAAAAAUAAAAAAUAAA